AUGAAGAGAGAUUUGCAGAGCUGGAGGAACAAGCUCAGCCUCGAUCUGCCAAACUUUACCCUCACACUCUUUGGUCGCUCUUUGUUGCUCGGCUUGGUGCUGCUUGGCAUCAAUGCUUUGCUCUGGACUGUAUGCGCUAUUCUCGUUACUCGCAGACCCGCCGGUCCGCCUGAGACGGGUGCAGCAAAUGGCAGCGUUUUGAGCCUGGCUUUGGUAGCUUGGACCACAGGUUUGAGGCACGGGCUGGAUGCAGAUCAUAUCUCGUGAGUGGAAAAGUAGAUACAAUUCGUUCCUGGAUCAGCGUUCUCUGACUACACGGCCAAACUCGCUGCGUCUCUGCCUUCCCACUCGGUCCACCCUCAGACUGAUAGAUAAUGCUUGCCGCCGCAUCAUGGCCUCUCCAGUCCGGCCCAACCGACCACCUCGUCGACCAGUGACUGUAGGCUUCUUCUUCGCCUGCGGUCACUCUACCGUCGUCUUUGUGACGACCGUGGUCAUCGCCAUUAGCGUGCAGGUCGCGGACCAUCUGGACACAUUUGGAGACGUGGGUGGCAUCAUCGGUGCUAGCGUGAGCGGCAGUACCCUGCUAUUGAUCGCCAUCAUCAACAGCUUCAUCCUGCGAAAGACCUGGAUCAAGCGCAAAGUCGCCCUGACCGAGCAGCAUGAGAAGCGACCUGACAACAAGGCGACUGCCCAGAGCAAAGAGAGGACCAGUAUGGACGAAGAAGCAGCAAAGCUGCAUGCUUCCGAAGAUGCUGCACAUGAUUCCGCCACUCAUUUCAAUGGCGUCCUGACCAGGCUCUUCAAGCCUUUCUUGCAUCUGCUUGACAGGCCAUGGAAGUGCUACUUUAUCGGCCUCGCUUUCGGCAUAGGAUUUGAUACAGCCAGCACCAUUGCUUUGCUGAGCGUAGCGCUCGUCGCCAGUCAGCGCUCUGGUGGUGUUGCGGGUUCGAGCGGAAAUGUAGUCCUGCUCGCUCUACUCUUCACCAGCGGCAUGGCCGCUGUGGACAGUGCAGACAGUGAGUGAAGGGCUGCGAUCCGAAUUUGAGCAGAGAAGCCCCCCACCGGCUGACAGACUCCUGAGUCGCGCUCAUUGAAACGGUGCACUAGACAUUCUCAUGGUCCAUGCCUACUCGCCGGCGCAAAAGAGGCCGGGCCAAAGCAGAUGGGCUCUUCUUGAGCGAUCGGAAGUCCUCAGUACGCCAUCAGAUGAGGAUAAGGGGGUCGAUCCACCCACGGCACAGGAUCAGAUCGUUGCGGAGACAGACACCGCGGUGGUGUCAAGCCCGAAUGGCAGGCAUGACGCACAACAGUCUGAGCGAAGAAACACGACCGAAUCGUCCGAUGCCGGCCAGCAGCCAGCUGGCGCUUUGCAGACGAGCAGCACAGCUACAACGCUGAGCAUGACCCUCACGCUUCUCUCCAUUUGCGUGGCUGUGAGUCUUGUUCGGCGUAUAGAUAGAAGAUGGCACAAUGCUGACGUGCGCUCUGCUUUCUUCCCUCAGGCUGCAAUCUCCAUCAUUGUGCUGAUUGGUCUGAUCGGUGACGAGUGUGCCAGAUGCUCACGAGCUGCGGACAAGCAGGAUGAGACGGGAGACGCAGGGCUCGAGGGCAGAUGGUGGCUGUGAGUUUCGCGAGUUCGCGGGCGCUUUACGAUUGCACGGAUCAGGAUACUGAUGAUGUCUACUAUCCAUUUGUGAACCUGGACCGCCUCUGCACAGUGCCUGGAGAAGAGCUAAUGAUAAUUCAGGAUACAUUGGGGCUGGCAUUGUGGGUGUCUUCGCAUCAUGCGUUGUAGCCUACUACGUCACGCGAAGAUUGCUCCGAUCACGCAGAAUGGAGGUCAGCGCGGAGAGUGAACAGGCGAAAGGCUCUCUCCAGCUCCCAACGUAG